AUGACAAUCGUCGUUUCAGACAACAACGAAGGCCCCGUUGUGAACAUAGCGGCCUGGUUUGGCACCACAGUGAUGGUUCUUGGCGUGUGUACGCGCAUGUGGAGCAAAUACAGUGCUAUGAGGAAGUGGGCCCUAGAUGACGCUUUAGUUAUUGUUACAAUGCUCUUGGGCUGUUCAAUGACAGUUACUAUCACGUUGGCGGUUGCAAAUGGUUUGGGUACACCUCAAUCAUCUCUGACUGAUUAUCAGACAAUCCGGCUUCAAAAGUACGGCUAUGCAUCGCAAUUACUGUACAUACCAGCGCUUUGUCUCACAAAAAUGACAACGCUAGUGUAUCUUCACGUUCUAUCGCCAGAAUGCCGUUUCCAAACGAUGAACAUGACAUUGGAAGCCUUUACAAUACUCUGGAGUCUGGCUGCUGAGUUUGCGAUCGCCUUUCAAUGUCAGCUACCUUCACCAUGGGCAGCUAUCUCCGGAAAAUGCUUCAACACGGAUACUUUCUGGAGAAUCAAUGGAGGGUUCGAUAUCGUAACGGACGUAAUGAUCGUCUUUCUUCCAUUAUACCUCGUCUGGUCCCUUGGGAUGCCUUGGAGAAGGAAAGGCGUAGUUGUUAUGGCGUUUGGUUCUCGACUUCUAGUCAUCCCAUUCACAGCUUGGCGAAUCUACUCCUUCUCUGCCAUCAACCGUCACGAUCAGACCCGCUCGUUGUAUUACGUCUACCUAACCACUACUAUACAACUCAACUUUGCCAUCUUUAUGGCGUGCGUCACAUUCCUCAGACCCUUUCUAGAAUCCACGGCUUCCGGUGGCCUGACGACUGUUGUCAACUCGACGAAGACCUCCUCCACCAGGGACACCCUUAGCUCGCUCUUUUCCUCCCAACCCCGCUCCGAAUACAAAGUCUCCAGACCGAAACCGUCCUACGCAAUGCAGAACUUGAGCGAAGUCGGCUUGAACGAAACCUUGAAUACUACUCCAAGGAAGUCCGAUUCGAACACCAAUGGCUGGCAUACCGAUGCUCCUUCGAUCAAUAGCAACGAAAUCAACCACCCAGCGCACAUAUACGGAAUUGCAAGAUGA